AUUUCGGUCGAGGAUGAUGCGGCCGCAAAGGAGCCAGGGGAGGAAUUACUGAUUGCCUGUAAGGCCUACGUUGGAACCCUAAAGGAGACCCUAAAGGCUGUUCGGUGGCUACGCAGCGGCGGAUCAGAACUUCCCGAGGGUGUCUUCUCCAAGAUGGAUCGUGCGCCCACCGAAGAUGGCUACUGUACUGCCACAUUGACGAUCCCAAAAGUUGAACAGCGGCACGACGGCGAUUACGGAUGUUUCGUGGAACCACCGGUCGAAUAUUUCCUCCAUGCGCCAGCGCGUUAUGUUCCAUUUAGUCUCCGGGUUGUUGAGAAUGGGCAUAAGUGA